AUGCCGACCGCAAACCCAAAAGCCGCGGCCGAUGUGUCUGGACGACGGAAGGCCACCAUGGCCUGUGAGUGUUGUCGGAAACGAAGAGCCAGAUGUAGUGGUUCGCAACCAUGCGACUACUGCAAGGCGCAUCAGCUGGACUGCGUAUUCGACACCCAGCGCCAAAGACGAGGUCCACGACCGAGGGCGAAAUCAACGAGGUCGACCGCGUUGCUGUUCCCAGCGCUUCCACCUGAACAAUCGCCUAUACGGGAUGAGCUGAGCGAAAUAGCGGCAUCCGAAGCUUCAUCUUCCCCGGUCAUGACACCGCCGUCGCCAAACAUCCCUCCAUUACACCAAUGGCGGCAGAGCAUUGAAAUCUGCAUCGGUGCAGAGCCGAGUGUGACCUCCGAGCAGUCGGAAGCCAGAAUGGAGACGAUUUGCCAUCUCAUAGAGUUGUUCUGGACACAUGUUGAUGUGCAACAGACGUCUUGUUUGUGCAGGGAGGACUUCUUUAACAAACUCGAGUCCAAGAACUGUCCAGACUAUUUGUGCUUUGCUAUGUUAGCGGUCAGCGCAAAAUAUCUAAAUCACAAAGCCGCCAAAGCGUUGUUGGGACCCGGUCAAGAAACAGGCUUCGCUUACAAAGCUCGCACACGCCUCAUGGCUAUUGAUGAUGACGACCUGCUGAGUCGUGGGCAAGCUCUCUGCGUUCUCGCCCUUUAUGAAAUGCAUCGCGGCAAUGGGGUCCAGGCAUGGGCUGAUUUGAGCCUCGCUGAAAGUCUGAUCCAGCUUUUACAAAGCCAACAACAGUCCUGCCCUGAAACGUGCCGAUCAAAGCAUAUGGUUGGUGAUUUCCUGCGGAUCACCAAAAUGUAUCAUCUGUUGGGAAACCACGGCCUCAGCUCACAUGCCCUCAUAUGCGGAGUGGACAACAGAGACCCUGAUCGAACCCAGCUCUUCCAACUGCUGCAGUUGGCGGUCCGAGUUCAGGAGUUUGAAAGGAGUUCUUCGGUGGAGGCAUUGCCGUACCAUUGGCACUCAGAAUCGGAGUUCCGGAGACUUCAAAGCGCACUGGACCAAUAUCUGUUGCAACAGCCGGGUGAGUUCUGUGCGACUCGAGAAAUCCUUCGAGGAUGGCUGGCGCAAGGCUCCCUUGAACCCGUCCACUGCACCCUGGUAUGGCACUACUGUACGAUCCUCUUGAAUAGAAUCUUUCUACCCAUCCGGAGACGAAGGCCGCAUGCGGACGACGGAUCGCCCGAUGUCAUCCACUAUCCAGCGGCCCCUAAGCAUUUCUUGGUCGAGAGGAAAAAUGUAUGCGAGGCCGCUGCUUCGACGAUAUCAACAAUAUGCAACGAGGUGAUGAGGGUUGGCUACUUCUUUCCAACACCAUUGAUAGGAUAUGCUUGCUACCAGAGCUCUCUUGUGCUCCUUGAUCGGCUGCACGCCGGCACAACCCAGGAAUGGAACGACGCCAUGGAGCAUUUGCAAAUCAAUUUCGCCAUACUCGGAGCAAUGAAGAAAUACUAUUUGCCGACCGAGUCGUGGAUUAAUACACUUCUGAAUACCCAACAGUCAAGAGCCGCUCCACCUGAGCUGGACGGUGCUCAUCUCUUCAGAGACUAUUUCAGCCGUUUUGAAGGUUUGAUGGAACCUGCUUUGGUUCCGCUCUCCGUGAUCAAACCUGCGACCGAAUUUCGUAGCGAGGCUUCAUCCCCAGGCCACGCUGACGAGACCGUUGCCACCAGCGCUGCCGAGCCAGCCUGUGACCGUCUCCAGCAACCGGCGUGGCUUGACGAGUACCAGAACCGUCUCGGAGAGCAAAUGGCUGCCUACUAUGACACCAACGCGGACAGUUUACAUUCUUUAGCCGCUUCAGAACGGUCUCAUAUUAUUCAACACUCCAGUCCAGAUUCGCUGGUGUCGCACCCACCCCCUGGCGUAGCAUCCAACUCUCCUGCCGGAGGCCACCUGUUGAAGGGGGAUGGCAGUGUGGGCAUGCGUCCGGCAGAACGGAACGGUGAGUCCGACGCAGACCGCCCGCCACUGGGGAAGGAUGUUUUCCAGACGACAGGGUUGGCGAAUGGCCACUCGGCCUCAAACCUGCCCUUGGCAAGGUUCAACAUGGCGCCGAAUGAAGGGCUUCCACUACCGGUCCCAGAUAUGGCCGGUGUUGACAACAACCUGCAGUCUCUCCCAAGCAUGGACGAGGGGCCGCAAAGCACAGGAUGGAUACAACCCCAUGUGCCCUCAUUUUCCAACCAGGCUGACAUCGAGAGUAUUCUUUUCGAUCACCUCGAAAGCGGCCAAACAUGGAUGGACACUCACAUGGCAGGACAGAGGCCGACGUGGAUGGAUCAAUGGGUAGAGGAACUGCAUCUAGACGUCGCAUAA